CGAAUAUAGAACGUGGCGGGCCGUGGCGCCAGUUACGACGCUGGAAAGGUCAACGGAGGAAACCAACAAAACCAAGUCGGAGAUGUUGCGCACAGUCAUCGGCGCGACGCUCGUGCAGCUCGGGUGCGGCGUCGUCAACGGCUUCAUCAGCGUCCUCGCGACCCUCGACACAGCCUUCUACGCCAACCCGCUCGACGGACGCACCUUGCACGCCUACUACGUGGCCAUGGGCGUCUUUGCACUCGGUGUCGUCGUCGUCGGCGUCGCCUACCCCAAGCUUCCGCCGGCGCGCUGGGUCGGGCUCGGCGCCGCCUUGGUCGCACUGGGGUACGGCCUCACAGCCAUUGGCGUCCAUACCACGUCGACGGCGCUGGUUCUGCUCGGCUACGGCGUCAUCCACGGUCUCGGCCUCGGUCUCUGCUACGGCGCGUCGUUCGCCACUGCAUUUCAGCGCUGCCACGACUGCUACCUUGGCCUUUGCGGUGGUCUCUUGGCAGCCGCAUUUGGCGUCGGCUCGAUUGUUGGCUCGAAAGCGCUCUUACCUGCGACAACCUCGAUCGGGCGAUCCAGCGCUUUCCUGGUCGUUGGCGGCGGCGUCACCGCCGUCCUGCUUCUCGGCAGCGCCUGCUUCUAUUGGGCGCCGCCAACGACGUCGCUCGACGCGCCGAAGCCCGACGACGACGAGCCGCUGACGCCAAAGGCGCCCUUCUCACCGAGUACAACACUCUCGCCGCCCGUGCUUCUCGAGGUCGAAGAACCAUCUGCACCUUCCCUGUGGUCGUCGCCGCUCGUAUCGCUCGACUACGCGGCGCUUCUGCUGCUCGUGUUUGGCUACGUCGUAUACGGUGUCACGAUGCUGCCUCGGUACCCGCUGCUCCUCCUCACAGUGUUUGGUCAAUCUCGCGACGCAGCGACGCGCAUCAUUGUCACGUUUGGCUUGUACAGCAUCCUCGGGCGUCUACUCGGCGGUGGGCUCGCCGAUGUGCUCAGCCGCUGCAUCGCGCCGCCCUUUGCUCGCAAGCUGCUGCUCGUCACGGCGCUUCUCGUCCAAGUCCUUUUGCUGUACAAGCUGCCCGAGACGCUCCGAACGCGAGACCUCGACAGCUUUGAAGGCUUCGUCCGCGGCCUCAACGUCUGCUUUGGUGUCGGCUUUGGCAUCUUUCCGUCGUUUGCCCACGUGCUCUUUGGGGCCCCCGCCUUUGCGAAAGCGUACAGCGGCGUCGUGCUGGCGUGGGUGGCCGCCCUUCUCAUCGGCGGUUUAAGCUUUGGCGCCUCGUUGGAAGCGCGCUACUUUGUGCAGCGCCAGCCCAUCGUUCAAGUCUACGACGCCAUUUUUGCCUGGCUGCGCGUCCUCACGCUUGUCGGGCUCGUGGCCGGGAUCCUUGUCCGGACCAACCCUCACGAUCGGUUCGCCACCGGCGUCAAGUACCAAGUGAGCGUCUGCGGCCGGCCGCUGCUUCGCUGCGGUGUUUCCAAGCCGGAUCCGAUGGUGUAGACCCGACAGUCACACCGGCGUGCUUUGUUGACUGGACAUGAUAACACUACUGUUUAUAAUACAUAUGUAUGGGAAGUACACUUCCGC